AUGCCGCUCAAGGUGAUUGUGGAGCCUACGCAGCCCGUCAGCUGCCCCAUCCCGAUAGAGCAAGCAAGGGACUUCAUGCAGCAGUUCAAGAUAACGCAUCUAUCGACACUGCCUUUUUUCACGGAUCCACAGCUGGAAGAGACACUCAGCAGUCUGUACGAGCCGGGCCCCGAGUCAGAUGUUCAGCCCCAGCGAAAGGCGGUGUUGCUCGCAGCUCUUGCCCUUGGAGCGCUGGGCACACCGCUGACCGACGUCGCGGAAUCACUCUUCAUCCAUGCCAAGAAAGAGGCCGUCAUCUACGAGGACUCUGUUACAUUGCCUAUGAUUCAGUAUUCCAUGCUGUUGGCUCACUACCAGCUCAACAUGGGGCGGCCUAACUCGGCAUAUCUUCACAUGGGAGUCGCGAGCAGAAAAGCCCUUGCGAUGGGCCUGCACGUAGGAACCACGAGCUCCGUCUCUUGCCCUGAUGAGAUCCAAGCUCGUCUGAUUACUGUCUGGUCGCUUUACUUUCUCGAGAUAUGGCUGAGUCUAGUUGUCGGGCGACGAAGCAUGGUUGGAAAGGCAGACUUUGCCUCUUGUGCAUUCCCUGACGGACAGCCGACGAUGGUGGCUCUGUGCCAAUUCGCAAGCAUUAUCGAAGAGGCUGUGGAGUCGAUUUAUAACCGCAGGACUGACUCGCUCCGGCAACUUUACGGAAAGGCCGAAAAGCUCCACGCUCAGGUCCGUCAAUACGGCGACAAGUGGGGCCUCGGCUCCGUGAUCCCGGCGCAACAGGAGGUGUGGAAUGCCGAAACAUCACUGCUAAUGCACAACGAGUAUCCCAUGAUCAUCGCAUCCAUUCUGACUGGCUAUAAGUCUACUUCCAUGUCAUUUUGCUCAUCUUCCGCCCAUUUCUAA